AUGGCUUCUGCUGCUCCUCGCCGUAGAAAGCUUAUCGGUCAACGUCGCCGUGUUGAGGACGAGGGCGAAGACGAGGGCGGCCUGGAUGGUCUCGACCACGAUGACGACUCAAUCACCGAUGGCUCAUUAACCGACGAUAAUGACCCUGCCGACGACAGCGACACUAGCAACAUCGACGAGGCCUCCCCCACAUCCCCGAAUGCGAGAAGGAAGACCAAUGGCGCUAUUAAGCAUGCCGGUCAUGGUCACAAGUCGGGAUCCGGCUCCGGGUCCGGGCAGAACGGCAAGCCUGUGACGGAUACGGAUAUGAUGCUACACGGGCUGUCCAUUACAGACGAGUCACCUCCCGUUCAAGAGAUGCACUUUGAUGAGGUCGUUGCUCCGUCACCCAGCAGAUCCCCCGCUGCUCCCAUGGUUGUUAGCUCGGCGUCUGCCAGACCACCCGCCGCUCCCGCGAACCGACGCCGACAAGAGCACGAGGACUACAAGAAGAAGAGGGACGAGGAUCCGGCUUUUGUGCCCAACCGAGGUGCCUUUUUCAUGCAUGAUCAUCGGCACGCUGGGCCUGCAGCAAAUGGCUUUCGUCCCUUUGGACGAGGUAGAGGUAGAGGUGGCCGUGGUGGUAUCGGGGGGCCGUUUGCUCCCAUCAACCAAUUGCAUCAACCGGGAGAUCCUACGACUAAUUCUCCAUGGACACACGAUAUGCACGAUACCGUUGUAGAGCCACCCCCGCCAGGACGCCCCCGUCAUAUGGUAGAGGAAGAGGGCCCGGCCAACGGAAAUGGGUUUAUUCCAACUUGCGAUCCGAAUCCGACACCCAUCAAUCGGACGCUUUCCACCGAGAAACACAUUGGCAACGCCCAGGUCCGAGUAUCGCUUCCGGACAUGAAGGCACCAGUUAUUAUCCCACGUCUUGCUGUGAAGCAGUACACCAAGCUGCCCGACCACCGACCACCUCUGCGUCGUGACAAGCCAGUCCGCAUCUCGCUCCCCAACAACAAUCCUCGAUAUAUCUACCCCGCUGCUGAUAGAUCCUUCAUCUUCAUCCCUAGGGCAAUGAGGCCUAACCAGCAGCGCAUGCGAGGAAAACCUCGCUCUGGAUUUGGCUCCAUGGGUGGUUUCUCGAGACGAACAAGUGUAUUUGGUGGCAGCUAUUACGGCAGUGUUUACUCACCCAGCGUGGCUAUGAGCAGGCGGUCUUCCAUCGUGGAACGUGAUUAUAUGUUCUCUCCCACAGGUUCUGUCAUCUCACGACCACCAAUUCCGGUUGAGAACGCCCGGCCUGUUGUUCGACUGCCUCCUGCCCCUCGGCCGGACAUGCCUUUGAACGCAAUGGCUCCUCCUAUGGCUCCCCAGGGACCCGUGUAUGGCCAAGUCGACCCAGCGUAUGCUGCCGAGAGACCGCUCAUCCUAGAUGCAUCGAUAAACGAACUGCCGGGUCCCCAGACACAUCCUCUUCCCCAGAAGCCCACUUACCAGGAGAACCGGUCCACGUCGGCGCUGCCCAUGCACCAACCUCGACCGCAAAAGAACAUAUCGGUUGCUGAUAUUGAGUCACCAACCUUGACACAAGGUCCUCAGGCUUAUCAGCAAGCUUUCCACCAGCAAGUGCCCAUUCAAAUGGCUAAUGGCCUAUCCCAAGAGUCACAUAACCGUCAGCCUUCCUAUCCGUCUCACCACUCCACUGGUACACCACUCUCUCAAAUUCCGGAAAGAGCCAUUCAUGCUGCACCUUUUCAACCCAAUACAUAUGGUCAGCAAUCAUACUAUAACCAACAGCCUUACCAAGCACAGUCUCAACAAGGUUAUUACUACCCGCCCAACUACAAUAGCCCCAGCAUGGGGCCAUCAAACGCGGCGCCUCCUUUCGUGCAUGGCCAGCCAGGACCUCCUGACAGUUUCACACCUCAGAACCAGCCCGAACAGCCUGUCAUGUCUAACAACGGACCGCCCCUCGGAGCAGGGGCCAAUCUGGUAGCACAAGAGGUGAAUGGAAUGGUUUACUACUACGACGCGUCCCAGUUACCGCCGGUUAACAACUAUUCUACAUACUCUGCACCUCAAAGCUACCAGCCUAGUGUGAUGGGCAUGGGCGGUAUGGUCACCCCUAGCCCUGAUGGCUUCUAUUAUCCCCAACAAGCGUCUGGCAUGGUCUACUAUCCGCAGUAG